AUCCUAUGGCCCCUUCAUAGACUUGACAUUUUUGGUGCUGUGUGCCAAGCCUUUGAAUUUCCAGGAACUCGUGUCCAACCCGUGUGCGCGCAUCAGAGGCAGAGAGGACAGAGAGAGAGAGAGAGAAAGAGAGGCAGCUGGCUGUGUAGGAGAGACAGAGAGAGAGAGAAAGAGACAGCCCUUUCCUGCAACAAUCUAUGGGUUUGUGGUGGGGGCGGGGGGAAGCUGGGGAUGGCAACGCAUUGGAUGUGUUACCACAUUGUGCCUGUCUCCAUUGCUUUAGCGCCGAGUCUGUGGGAAUGAUGCGUUGACUGUGAGCACUGUCCACGUCUCCAUCCUGAUUCCACCAACCCCCACCCCCCCCCCCCAGCCAACCCUCAAUCCCAUCCUGGUCUUGUUUGUCUGUUUUGUAGGUGAGUGUUGGAGAGCGCGGGGGGAUGAAAUUCUUCAGCCCAAAAGCUGUCCCCUGAAUAAGGCAACGCGUGGAGAUGUGAAUUUCGAGUGAGUGAGUGAAAAAGAAAUAUCAGAAGAAAGAGAGAGAGAGGGAGAGAGUGGGUGGUGGGGAGAAAAGCGUGCUGCAGCCGCCUAGCAAGCAGGGCUUUGACAAAAUGCACCCAUCCUUGAAGGAUCACUAGAUUUUACUCGGAAGAAUUAACUGCGUCGUGUGCAGAUAGAAGGGAACAUUGAAAUAACCCACAGCGCCGAGAUAAAUUCUUGUGGGCUUUUGUUUUUGAUGUUGUUGUUGCUCUCCUGUGAUCAUUUCCGAGCUAUGUUACUGGACGGGUGAAUGUGUGGUCUGCAAUUUCCGCCGAUGCUUUGGGACUUGAGGGUUAUUCCGCACCGUGCCACACAUUUGCCAUUUUAACCCACGGACUAGUUGCGAAGCCAAACAACCGAGGAAUGUGGAAAUAUCAGAGAAAGCGAUACUUUGGUAUUCUGUCAGCGCCCGUAGUGUUGGUGGCUGUAGUCUGCUGUGCCCAGAGCGUCAAUGAGCCCGGAAACAUGUCGUUUGUGAAGGAGACAGUGGAUAACCUGCUGAGGGGCUAUGACAUUCGCCUGAGACCAGAUUUUGGAGGUCCACCAGUCAGUGUCGGGAUGAACAUAGAUGUCGCUAGCAUUGACCAGGUGUCUGAAGUUAACAUGGAUUACACGAUAACGAUGUAUUUCCAACAAUACUGGAGGGACAAGAGGCUUGCUUAUUCAGGGAUACCUCUCAAUCUGACUCUAGACAAUCGAGUGGCAGAUCAGCUCUGGGUGCCUGACACAUACUUCCUGAACGACAAGAAAUCAUUUGUGCAUGGUGUCACGGUGAAGAACAGAAUGAUCCGCCUUCAUCCAGAUGGAACAGUGCUUUACGGACUGAGAAUCACAACAACAGCUGCAUGUAUGAUGGAUCUGCGGAGAUACCCACUGGAUGAACAAAACUGCACGCUGGAAAUAGAAAGCUAUGGUUACACAACAGAUGACAUCCAGUUUUACUGGAGAGGUGGGAACGACGCUGUGACUGGAGUACAUAAGAUUGAAUUACCACAGUUUUCGAUCGUGGAGUACAGGCUGGUGUCCCGCAAUGUUGUGUUUGCUACAGGUGCGUACCCGAGGCUGUCAUUGAGCUUCAGGUUAAAGAGAAACAUUGGCUAUUUCAUUCUUCAAACAUACAUGCCAUCCAUACUGAUUACAAUUCUUUCCUGGGUGUCAUUUUGGAUCAAUUAUGAUGCUUCAGCUGCAAGGGUUGCUUUAGGAAUCACCACUGUGCUGACCAUGACAACCAUCAACACCCAUCUUAGAGAGACCCUUCCAAAGAUCCCCUAUGUCAAAGCCAUCGACUUGUACUUGAUGGGCUGCUUUGUGUUUGUCUUCUUGGCCUUACUCGAAUAUGCUUUUGUCAACUACAUCUUCUUUGGGAGAGGCCCACAGAUGCAGAAGAAAUUAGCAGAGAAAGCAACUAAAGGCAACAAUGGUCGACACAAGUACGAAGGCAAUAGGGUGGAUGCCCAUGGAAACAUCCUGCUUUCAGCCCUGGAGAUUCACAAUGAGGUUACAGCAACAGAGGUUACCACAAGUGUGACCGAAUCUAGGAAUUCAGUGAUGUCCUUUGACAACUCAGGAAUUCAGUACAGGAAACAAAGCACAGCUCGUGAAGGGCUAAGUCGCAGCACAUUGGACAGAAAUGCUGCCCAGGCCAAGAAGAACCGUUUGCGAAGAAGGUCCUCCCAGCUAAAAAUUAAAAUCCCCAAUCUGACUGACGUUAACGCCAUAGACAGGUGGUCAAGGAUAGUGUUUCCGGUCAUUUUUUCUCUGUUCAACUUGAUCUACUGGCUGUACUACGUAAACUGAUACUGAGGUACCAUGUGCAAAGUACUGCGGACUCCCUUUUAUUGUACAGGGUGAAACAACUGCCCAGUCAUUAUAGGAAUGCAGAAUGCAGCCCCGCAGCUAUGGGAAUCUUUUUGCUGUAGAACAAAAGCUGUGAUAAAAUGUGAGGGAAAAUUUAAUUUUAAAAAAAUCUCAGAGAAAAUGAUAAAUGAAGAUACCCUCAAAGAGAGAGAGAAUGACAUUUAAUAAGCCUUGAAAAAGCUUGUCAUACUUUGCAUGAGACCAUGUCAUAUAAACAAUGAGUUAUCUGCCAUAUACACUAGGAAUUGUAAAAAUUUAGUAAUUGUUUGGACCUUGCAAGAGUUGCUUUUUCUUGAAGCUUUUUUUUAGCUAUUUCUAAAUACAAUGAUCACGGCUGGUUAAUAUACGGUAUUUAGUUAAUUCUCACAGUGUUCUGCAGCAUUAUAGUUCAGUGUGGAACCUUGCAGUAUUGUUACCAGUACAUAGCACAGGAUGAAUGCAGAAUUAAUUUGGCAGUGAAUGAUGUUGAGUGGUUUAAUCAUCUUACACUCUGUAUAAUAAUCAUUGAUAAUUUAUUCAUGGGCAGAACUUGGGGAUUGGUUGCUCUUCAUGGUUAGACAUUGUGUAAAUAUUCUAGUUUUAGUACUUACUUUUCAUUUAAUCCCAUUUUCCAAACAGAUAUGGUAAAUGCUGUAGUUUGCUCAGUGGUAACUUCAUGAACAUUCCUGCAUACUGUUUGAAUUCUUUGAUGUUCCAUUUAAAAAAAAUAAAAUGUAAAAAAAAAUAAAAUUGGUGAUAUUAGUUGACAGAACAGCAGUUUGGGACAAAGGGUUAAACAAGUGGCAGCGACUAAAAGCAUUGAGCCUUCUAAGGGAUUCCAAGUGCUCACUCUUCAUCAGAGUCCAUAUCAGCUUUUGGUUUCAUAUCACAAGAAGAUAGAUUAGGAGCUGUUAUGGUGCAGUGAUACCUCAGAACAAAAUGGUCUGGUUCAAGUCCCUCCCACCUCUGAUGAUG